AUGAUAGCCCUGGGGUGGUGUCAAGUGGAUAGACCACCAGAGAUUCUUGUUAUUUUCGGCCGGUCACAGACCCUGAAGACCUUGGCUGUCGACCAGAAGUGGGUGCGGCAGUCGUGGGAGCGCUCGGGCACGGUCCAGCCAGGAUCUGCUACCGAAGCGGCUAGAGCAGAGGGCAAAGACCAGUUGUCGUUGCAGCGAAUAUGA